CUUAAAGUAACGAGAGUCAUUAUUUCUUGCGUUGUAAACUAUUUAAUUAAUUUUUAAAUUUUUAUCAUAUAACAUUACAUUUUUAAAUAUUGUUAUUCCAAAAAUCCAGCAAAGAGAAUGUUAUGUGUUAAUUAGUGUGUAGAAACGUGAAAAAGGCUCCAAGAGAAAAAAGCAAACUUUUUAGAAGUGAUUUGGAUUUUUAUAUUUUUGUGAAAACACCUACAGUUUAAACAAAAGAAAAAAGGCAUUGCGUCGCGUCAUGUUCGACUCGACCCAGGAAAUUAGUUUGGAAGUAUGGCAAAAAUGGAUUCUCGAUGCCAUUUCGAAAAUCCGUUCACAAAAACAGAGGCCAAGUGUGCAACGCAUCUGCCAGGCCAUUGGAACACAUCACAAAUUCCACGAGGAUAUUGUGGCUGAGAAGUUGGAGCAAAUUGUGGAGACCGGGGCCGUCAUAAAGGUCUACAAUAAAGGCUUGCAUUCCUACAAGGCGCCCAUGGCCAAGAGAGUGGUGCGCGUGGAAAAGAAUACAAACCUAUGCAAAAUUGUCGCCCGUGCCGUACACGAUUUGGGAGAAUGUGAGGGUUCCAGUAUAAAGAGUAUAGAGAAUUAUAUACAGAAAUUCAAUACCAUUGAGCUUAUUGGAGAAGCUGACUAUAAGACGGUCAUAAAACAGUCUAUUAAAAAGGCUGUGGAAGCAGGUUUUCUCAUACAAGAGGGAAAACUCUACAAAAAGGGACGUUCCCUAACCACGCCAAGAAACUCCAAUGCCUCGGUUGACAUACCAGUGCAAAUUGGUAAUGAUAUCUGCAAGCAUUGUUCGGGCAAUGCUCAGAAAAACUUAAACGGCAUUCCAGAACCACUGAGUUCAUGCAAACAAUGUGGCAUAUCUUUGCAUACCACAUGCGCCAAUAUAGCUGCCAAGUGCAAAACUCAAUCGUUCGUCUUACUGUACAUGCUGGUUACCAAGGGCAGUUCUUGGUAUUGCGAAAAUUGUGUGAAAUGUGCCUGUGGCAAGGGUAAUAAAGGGCCUUGUCUUCUGCAGUGCUUUGUGUGUCAAAAGAAUUUCCAUUUAAAUUGUUUGGACACCAUACCGGACAAAAAACCCAAACAUCCGUAUAGAUGCAGUGCAUGUUUGAAGUUAAACCCGGACGUCUUUCGCAUGGUAAAGGGCAAGGAGUCGCAAAAGAAAAUGGUCAUGGCGAAAAAUCGUAACUCAACAUCUGCGGCUUCGGCUGGUAAGCAAAUAACAACGGUGUCUCCUACAUCCAGGACAAAUAUAAGUGACACCUCCUUAACCACUCCGAAUAGUUCACCAGAAAAGUACUGGCCAGUGACGAAAACCAAAUUGGCAAAGACUACACCAGUUAAGGUUUCCAAUAAUGUGUAUGACGUGGCAACGCCUUCGUCAUUGGCUAAGGUGCGCCAACAGAACGCCGAGAUUGAGGAAGCCUUUAAGCGGCAUCUUUCAGGUUAUCACCAGGAAACUUCAUUGAAGACUAUGAAAGGCCGCAAGAGAACACUUUCGAAUUUGUCAUCCUCCAGUUCGUCCAGUGACAGUGAUGAGGAGCAAAACAAUGAAGAUAGGGAUAAUGAUGAUACCUCAUCAUCGGAUUCCUGCUCCUCUACUACAAGCAGUGGAUCUGAUUCUUCAGAGAGCAGCAGCGAUAGUUCAGAUUGUGAUGACAAUGAUGAGGAUAACGACGAUGAUGAUUAUGAUUCCGAAAACAGUGAGUCCAAAUCGAAUGUCAUGCUGGCUCAGAUUUACAAGAAGCAAAAAUGUGAGGGUCUUCUUAAUGCAUCCUCCACCAUGACUAAGCAUUUGAAUUUAGUUCAGCCUCAAAAAGAGGAAGAAUGGGGGUUUGCGGCUGUAGCAAAAAGUCAUCCGGAUAUAUUCAGCAGCAGCAGUGGCGCAGCUAACGCUAGCACCAGCGUGACAGCAACCAAUAAAAAUGACAUACUAAAAAAUUUAAAACCGGUCAAAAGGAAGCUCACAGACCACUUUGCAAGCCUGAGCACUGAGACGACAAAAACCCAAAACCUUACAGUCCAAGUUAAUAAUUCACCACCACCACAACAGCAGCAACAACAACAACAACAACAGCCUAAAAGUCCACAGAAAUUGUCAACCCCAAGUCCUAACAAUUUAGUAGGGGAUACAAAGCCCAGAGAAGAACAAAAGUUAGAGAAGGAGCCAAUAAAACCACCGGCUUCCAGUGUGGUGACCGAACCAAAGCCCACCCAAAUGAUGAUCAAAUAUAAACCCAAGCCUAGUGCAACAGAGGGAAAUGCUGUCAUCAAUAAAACAACCGAACAGCCUGUGCAAAAGAAGGUGGUUCUAUUAAAAUCUAUGCCGCUUGAAAAGAAGCCAGAACCCAAGGCUGUUGAAGAGGAUGAUGAUGACAUACCGUACUUGUCACAAACUAACAUUAUCAAAUAUAAAAUGAUGGAGGAUAUUGACAUAGCAAAGAGCCAGGAGAAACCGGAAUCAGCUCCCAAAGAGCCAGAAGAAAAACAUCCUUGGGAGGUCACUCCUGAUGAGAAUCCUUUCGAUUCUCAGCCUUUGCCAAAUGGUGUUUCCCAGGCAGACUUUGAUAUCUAUAAAACGAUAAGAGAGCGAGCUCGAAAAGCUAUUGCCGGUGCAAUGGAAAGUCCCAGCAAAUUGAUUUCAAAGCCCACAUUUGUCAAUGCAAAUGCUGAGCGUUGUCCAGGAUCCAUAGAAAUCGGCAAAUGGCAUAUAGAGACUUGGUAUUCCAGUCCAUUUCCCCAGGAAUAUGCAAGACUAACCAAACUCUACCUGUGUGAGUUUUGCUUGAAAUACACCAAGAGUCGCGCUGUGUUAGAUCGGCACCAGAACAAGUGCUCUUGGAAACAACCUCCAGGCACCGAAAUCUAUCGUCAUCAGGAUUUAUCGGUAUUCGAAGUUGAUGGCAAUAUAAACAAGAUCUAUUGUCAGAAUUUAUGUCUGCUGGCCAAGCUGUUUCUCGACCACAAGACCUUGUAUUACGAUGUGGAACCGUUUCUCUUCUAUGUUCUAACGAAAAACGACAACAAGGGUUGCCAUUUGGUGGGCUACUUCUCAAAGGAAAAGCAUUGUGCCCAAAAGUAUAAUGUCUCUUGCAUUUUGACAAUGCCACAGUUCCAGCGCCAAGGAUUCGGGCGUUUUCUCAUCGACUUCAGUUACCUUUUGAGUCGUGAAGAGGGCCAAUUGGGCACUCCGGAAAAGCCGCUAUCCGAUUUGGGCCGUCUAUCAUAUUUCUCCUAUUGGAAAUCAAUUAUAUUGGAAUAUAUGUACAACCAUAGGAACGACAAGAAGAUCACCUUCAAUGAAAUUGCCGCUGAGACUGGUCUUACAGUUGUCGACAUUGCCUUGGCUUUGGAACUGUUGAAUUUCAUAAAAUUGAGGAAGAACGAGGACGAUAUCCACUAUCACAUCAAUAUACGAGUUGAUUGGAAGAGAGUAACUGCUCACAACGAGAAACUCCAAAGGCAGAAUAAUCGCAUACAGAUUGUGCCAGAAAGACUUAGAUGGAGCCCAUUGCUAACCCAUGUCAAGAAUCAAUCAUUGGACAUCUCGGGAAGGCAGAGUUUGUCGCCUCGCAAGAAUAUAUUGAAAAUGGUAGACGAUUCGAAGAAAUCUUCUCCAGCCAAUAACUAUAUGGCCCAGAAGCAAUCAAAAAUGACAACAGUGAUUGCCAUAAAGAACACUGCAGUAGCGGCAGUUAAGGAGAUGGUAGCCGCACCGCUAUAUGAAAAUGACCAUUUAAACUUGAAAUCCGAAACUUCUGUGGAAACGAACAACAAAAAUGAGAAAGAGCAGCCGGCUGAUGAGCGCCGAGAACAUUUAUUUCAUGAGCAGCCAACAGAAGACACGAAUGACAAACUGAUUACUAACAAGCGUAAAAGAAGCUCGCAGCCCAGUCCUUGUAUCAUGGAUAUAGAUACUGCAAAAAACGAUGAAAAGCAGGAGAAUGAGCAGGAAGCUGUUCAGGAAAGCACCGUUAACGAGAAUUUGGAUAAUUAUGCCACUGAGAGUAUGGAUAUAUGCCCACCAAAUGAACCUACGGCGGUCAUAACUCCACCCGAACACAACGAACACAGCACUGCUGAGGUAAAAAAUGAAAUAUCAGAUCAGAUGGGAAAGGGCACAUCAUCAUCAUCAUCAUCUAGCCGUUCACAGCGCUUAGCUAAUCGUAAACAAGCUGCACCUUUGCCACCGCUUAAAAGAAAGCACGACGAAUUGUCUGACACUGAUAAUGAAAGUAGCAUGGAGGUAUCGACAGCAGCUAGUGAAAUGGCCAAGGUAGAAGAACCGCCCAAAGAGGAAAAAAAUCCCAAGGCUACUGAGGCGGCCACGAAAAAGGAAACGAAAAAUGAUGAAGCCUCUGUAGAGCAAAUCAAAAUUGACGCACCAGCAUCAAAACCCGAAGAAGAUAAGGUGGUUGCUGAAACGCAGGUGGAAACAAAAAAUGAUAAGCGUGUACCCAACUUAUUUCCCAAACUAAGGGCUAAAAAUUCUGGAAAACUAAACGAGGAGAUAGCUAACGAAACUGAAGUAACAGAGGCAACACCCAAGGAAACACCAGCCAUAGAGCCAAAGCCAGAUAUGCCAAGCGCAGAGAAGGAAUCCAGCCGUGAAACCGAAGUUAUAAAAUCAUCUCCAGUUAAAGUGGAGUACAAUGCUAUUUCUAGAUCCCCCGAUGCGACAGCUAUACCUGCCAAUGGCCCCACAAAAACAACCAGUGAAAAUGAUGAAAAGGUGCUCGAGGCAGUGGCUAAGAAAACCAAGAAAUCUCUUUUUAAUGACAAUGAAAGUAAAAUUAUCAAACCCGAAAUUGAGGCAGCAGUCAAUGCCAAAACGCCCAGUCCAACAACGGCAGAAAGCAGCACCAAAGUGGCAGAAUCGCCAACAAAGACUUUGCAAGCCGAAAGUUCUAAUAACCCUACAACUGCUCCUUCUGCCACUAUUAAUUCUCCCAAAAUACUACAGAAACCGGAGGUAGCUAACAAAACCGCAGAACCUGAAGGCUCUGGAUUGUUGGAGGAGUCUACGAAAAAAACUGAGCAUGCCAAUGUCUCAGUUAUUGAGGAAAAUAAAUCAAAAUUUGAAACUCAAGAAGUUAAAACUACUCUCCCAUCUUCCGUGGUUGAUGUUAAGCCUUUGCCAGCGGAACAGCCAACAUCUACAGCUGUAGCCGAGAAGAAGGUUAAGCCAGAGCCCACAAAAGAACCAGAAAUGCUUAAAACUGAGCAAUUAUCGCCCGCCCCAAAAAACAAUAGUCCCAUGAAUGAGGCAUCUGCAAAUUCCAUUCCGGAGGCUGUAAUCACUGUAAAUCAAUUUGCUAUGUCCUUAAAUCAGGAUAAAAUGCAAUUGCCAAAUAAAGUCACUAUGGAGAAAGCAACACCAGUAGAGGCUAAACCUCAGCACGAGAAGAUGAUGUCUAAGACACCCAUUCUUCCUGCCAGCAGCAUAACACCUUUAACUAUUGCCUCAUCCAUAAAACCCGAAAUUAUACAACCCACAUUGGUGGUGCCCGAAUUAAAAAAGGAACAUCAAAGUAAUAAAAGCCCCAUCAAGAUGGCAGCCGGAACAAAUUUAUUGGACACAAAACCCCCAAUAGCAACCGAAACGCCUUUGCUGCACACCACUAACGCUGGAAGCAGCAGCGCCAGCAGCAGCCAAUCAAGUCAACAUGUUCCAAGCGCUGCCGAAAUGCGUGCUCAGCAAACAAUUCAGCAACAACAAGUAGUUGCAGCCGUCGCGGCCGCUGCCGUAGUCGCCGCUUCCAUACCAAACGCUUCUGUUGUACAGCAAACAUCUUCGAGUUACGCUAAAACCGCGGUAGACAAAUACAAAUGUAAAACGGAAAAGUCGGCAGACUACAUGAGCAGUGCCAACGAAAAGCACCCGACUCAUGAGAAACACACAAAAUCGACCAGCAAAUCAAACAAGUCCGAAACAAAAGCUUUGGAAGCCAAGAAAAUGGCACACGGUAGUCGUGAGAAACAGCAGGAGCAACAGAAUAAAAUGGCUGCACAAAGUCAGGCUGUUGUCAAAGGCCUGCAUGGAAAUAUCCAAAUUAAGGAAGAGGACUCUCGGCUUCUGCAGGCAUCCAUGUCGGGUUCGACAACACCCGCAAAUGUCCACGACAAACUUCAUUUCAAGCCUUCAACAGAUCAUAAUCUAAAUACCAUGGACUUGAACAAGAUUCCUCCCCAGUUUCCCAUAUCGAAUUACCAGCAGUAUUGGCAGUGGGACUACUAUGGCUACAAUCUGUCGCAUUUGGAUGCCACGGCACAAAAGAAUCAAAAUAAAUUCCACAAAGAUUUGGCUACCUCGAUGGUCUAUAACAACUUUACCCAGAAUCUAUAUCAGUCGGCCAAUUUGGCUAUGCAACAUCAUGCCCAUCAACAGCAUAUACAACAGCAGCAGCAGCAACAACAGCAGCAUCAACAGCAGCAUCAUCCCAAGGAUAAAUUAAAAGCGGAACGCAAAACAAGUCCCCUGAAGAAGGAGGAUGUCAUGAAAAAUGUUGCUGCAGCCACUGCCGAAAUGAUGCGUGAAGAGAGUGCUGCUGCUUCAGCAGCUGCUGCCGUCGCCGCGGCCGCUUGCAAUUACAACAACAGCUUAUAUGGCGCGGGCAGUGCCAGUGGUGGUUCAUCUUCAGCACUAAAAAACCGUACCCAAACAGAUCAUAUACGUUCCAUGAAUCAGCAUCAAAAUGCCACGGCAUCUAAUAAAUAUCAGCAACAGCAACAACAAAAUCAACAAGCUGCAAAUUUGUUAAACACACAGCAGCAGUUACAUCAGCAGCAACAUCAGAAAGUUAAACCAGAACAGGCCAACGCAAGCAAUGCAUCUUCAAAUGAGGACAAUAAAAUGAAAUCUGGAAAUUCGGCAGCCUCAGGCAUGGCAGGUAAUGCACAAAAUGCCGGCCAACAACAGCAGACGACCACUGUUAGCCCAGAAAUGACCUCUCCCAUGAUGUAUACUAGCGAAAAUUCCGGCAACAACAAUGGUGGUGCAAACAACAAUCAAAACAGUACUGGUGGUAAUAAUAAUUCCAACAAUGGCAGUGUUGCUGGCAGCAGCAGCGCAAGCGCUGGCAACAACUCCAAUGCAGCAAUGCAUCAUUAUGCCAAUGAAUGUGGUCUCAGUGUACCAAUCGGUAUGGAUUCCCCUGCCAGUAUAGCAAGUGACAUUACACAAAAUUCUUCGGAUGUUUCCAAUAGCGUUCAUAUGCAACAACAGCAGCAGCAGCAACAACAGUUCUCCAACUGUUCCAUGCAAAAUCAGGGUACCAAUACGCCCAUGCAUAUGGCGAUACAUACACCCCAUAUACAGCAACAACAGCAACAAAAUAACAUGAACAUCAAUAAUCAAAACCUGAAUAAUUUGGGAAAUAACCAGCAACAGCAGCAACAACAACAUAAUUCGCAACAACAGAAUCGUAAAAUAAAUCAAAAUGAAAAUUCUUCUACUGGCCAACAAAGAUCGACUACACCUAAACUUAUGAGAAAUACAAAUUCAUCUUCAUCAAAUGCACACAGACAGUCUAAGCAGCAGCAGCAGCAACAACAACAACAACAGGCUUUAAAUAAUAAUUUAGCCCAACAACAACAACAGCAGCAGCAACAGCAGCAGGCUUUGGCUAAUCACAAUAGUCAAAACAAUAAUACGGAUCAACAACAACAAAGUCAACAGGAGCAAUUGCAUAAUAUACAACAAUUUGCCCAGUUAAAUGCCCAUGCCCAUCACCAAAAUAUGCAAGGUGGUGGCGGCGGUGGUGGUGGUGGAAAUGGCGGUGGCUCCGACAAUCUAUAUAUUCCACAUUUGGGACAAAAUUAUCCUAGUAAUUCGUCCAAUUCAUAUGAUUUGUCAUCAAUGCCGGCCGUUAUACAGCAACGCAUGUCUAUAAACAGCGCCAUCAAUACGCACGCUGGUUCGGUGCGUGUCGAGCAGCCCUCGCCUUCGUGUGCUGUAAAUAAUUUUUAUUUGCAAAAUAAUUUAAAUUCAAAUGAAUCGAUUAAUAAUACAUCCCGUGUGCCUAUAUCCAUACCAUCGGGUGGUUCAUCGUCGGGCUCAGCCUCGGCUAAUGAGCAUUUGAAUCAGCAGCAGCAACAACAACAACAGCAGCAGCAACAACAACAGCAACAGCAGCAGCAACAA